GCCUGGGCUUGAGCAGCUGGGUCAAGGCGCCAAGGAAGAUGCUCCCGGCCAGGCAACAGCAGCGGAUGCCGGGCGGCUGGGAUCGCUGCCGGAUCAGCGAAAGGCUGCAAGCCGCCCUGGCCGGCCUCCAGGAGCUCCAGGUGCUGCGAGAGAGGCAGCGGGCGCUUGUGAGCGGGGCCUUGGCCAUGCAGCCCCCGGCCGAGGGCAGCCCGGCGCAGAGCAAGGAGCAGCGGCUGGAAGCCACCUUGGCUGCCCUGAAGGAGCAACUGUCACGUCUGAGAAGACAGGAUGUUGGACUGAAAAGCCACCUGGAUCAGCUAGACCAACAAAUUAGUGAACUAAAGUUGGAUGUUGGCAAGACCUCAGUUGAUUACCUUGACAGUGACAGCAGACCCAGCUCAGGCUUCUAUGAAUUGAGUGAUGGUGGCUCUUGCUCUUUAUCCAACUCUUGUACAUCUGUCUUCAGUGAAUCCAUCUCCUCUUCUCAUGCCAGUCUGCUGCCCAGUUCUCAGCACCCCAAAACCUGUCUCAGUGUCUUUGAUUACCGUCCCAAAUCUGCAGAGGAACCAACAGUGCACAAUCAGUUCCAGAAGCAAGGAUUCUAUUCUAGUGAUGGAUGCCAAAUCAAGGCUUACCCAGAUAUUUCAGGAACUCCAACCAGGUCCAGACCAAGACCUGUUUCCACAGGUGACCUUGAAAGAUUGACAACAGCAGAUGCAAGAUUCCCUAGAGUAACGGACCCCAAGUCCCUUCUCUUUUGUCCAGAAGGGGAAAUCCAGUUCUACUGUGUGGACCCUAAAUAUCAGAGUGACUUGGUCUCUAAGAAUGGGAAUGAUGUGUAUCCUUAUCCCAGCCCACUUCAUGCCGUUGCUUUGCAAAGUCCACUUUUUUCUUUGGCGGGACUACCACCAGAAACAGAGGCCUAUCCUUUGCCUAACAGAAUGGCAUCUAAUGCAAUUGGACCCAGUUUGAUGAGGACUCAGCCUGUCAUAGACCCCAGGCCAGGAGGUUACAUCAACAAACUACUCCAGCUGACACGCUACAGGGGAAAUAAUCAGGUAGACCCCAAUGACCGGUGCCCAACAAAGAACCAGCCAUCCACAAUGCACCAGAGACUCACUAUAAUCCCUAGUGUUGGUGGAGUGAAAAUUAACAGCAGCAGCAGCCAGCUGGAAAAACAAGGGAGCUCACUGCGUCAUAACAAAGCUGAAGAGAAGCUGCAAAGGGAGAUGCCUGAAGGGGAAUGUGCUGAACAGCAGGGGACUGUACACUCUAUGAAUAUAGAGCAGACAGACACCAUGCUUCAUGCAGAGUCAUCAUCAGCUGUGAAUAGCUGUUUUCCUGCCAACUUGUCUGUAAGAGACUCUCCUUCGACAGAGGCAGGAGAAAGCAGCUUGGAGCACAGCUCUUCUAGUUCACAGCUAGCAACUGAUGAUUCUAGCCUGAGCCCCCCCAAUACUAGUGUGCCUGCAGUCAAGAAAUCUCACAAGAAGUCUGUCAGCCUCGGUGCACUGAAGGUAGGAGGUCAUGAACUGUUGCCUCAGGGGGAAUUUGUUCAUGCUAAGUUUGUCCCUGCAGAAUCCCAUCAAGUCAGAGUGAAGUUUGCUAACUCUAGAAUGAAAUCUGUGAAGGUAAAGAGGAGAAACAGUGAGAAGGUGUUAAGGCCUGGGAAGCAAGCUUUUUAUGCAGAAAAGCCAAGGGGCGCUCACCAUGUUGCUACCAGGCUCCCUAUUGAGUGGAAUCUUCCUCAGAGACAGCACAGAGUGAAGAACCUUGUUAGGAGGCCUACUUUUGCUGGGGAAACUACUGGAAGGUCUUGCUCAGAAUCCAGUUUAUAUCCUGUGCCAUUUAGAGUCCCUCAAGUACCCACUGGACCUGAAUUAUAUCAGGCAUCUGCUAAUGCCAUGUAUUCUUUUGAAGCAGCUUAUAUAGACACAGCUGCCAAGAAAAAGCAGCGCAAAUGGCAGUCCACAGUGGAAAUCUCAGCAAAGACUCAAGUUGCCAGUCUUUCUAGUGGUUUUGCCUUGGUUCCACCAAGGCUCCAGGCAAAGAGAGCUGGAGUCAUGCGUGCUGUAAGCAUGAAGUCUCGCUCAAAGCACCACUAUCCCUUUCAUCCUGGAACUUAUGCCAAAAGUGAAUCUGACCAUUCUGAAUACUCUGCAGAAUGUGCUUCACUCUUCCACUCCACCAUAGCUGAGACAAGUGAAGGAGAGGUCAGUGACUAUACAACCAACUGCUUUGGAGACAGUGAGUCCAGUGAAAGUGAUUCAGAAGGCAGCAGCAACAGUAGCAGCCUGAUCCUUGACUAUGAUGAGGAAGGUGAGGAGCAUGAACUGGUCUGGCCCAACCCUUCUGUUAGGCAAUCAGCAGCUGUUCAGACCUCCUCUAAGCCUCUUCCACCAAUGCCCAAACUCUGUCGCAUUAAAGCUUCAAAGGCCCUAAAGAAGAAGAUUAGGAGAUUCCAACCUGCUUCUCUGAAAGUGAUGACUAUGGUUUGAGGGAAAGAAAAAAAUCUGUUUUGUUAUCUGGCUUUACCUUCCUUUGCAAAACAAAGGAGGAUAGAUACUUAUGGACUUUGUUAACAUAGAUGUGAUUAAACCCCUCUAUCUCAAGGCAGGGUACCUUUUCAUUUGCUAAUGCCUGUAUAAAUUACUCAUUUCCUCUUUCUACUUUGUAAAUCCAUGUGUGUGUUCGGUGUGGCUUUAUAUCCCCUCCUGUGGGUGGUGGUGGGGGGGUGACAUUCAGAUAGAUGUAAAGUGUAGCUGAGGUGUCCUGCUCAAUCAGGUCCUGUCCAAUGCACAUGUGGGGGAGAUGUGCAGCCUACCCGUUAGGGAAGAUUUUAUAAAAUAUGGGGGAAGGGAAGGAUUUAUCUGCUAAAUAUGGGGCCGCAGCCACUUUCUUGGAGGCUUUCAUUAAAGUCAGAGUGAGAGCCACUCAGUACAUGUCACAGCUCACUUACAAACUCAUGGCGCUGUCUGCUACUCAUCCAUUCUUAAUAUUGCUCACUCAAUAAAAAUUACUCCCUAGCUCCAUCAUGGCCAUAUCCUGUCAGGUAACUGAUAAGACAUGCUGUUUCUAUUCCAGGCUUAGGGUCAGAAAAUAUGUGUAGCUCAAAGGAAAAUGCUGAUACUAUUUUCCACUUAAAUUCAAGAGCCUGUGACAAAUGUAAUAUUUUAUAUUAAAGAUGGAAUAUGGUUUUUUUGAAGAAGAAAAACUACAAACGCUGUGUGAGAACAUAGUAGCUCUAUCACUCUGAUUACUGCAGACUCAAUAAAUGUUACUAUGAUCUACUGCUGUAAACAGCUGUCUGGCUCCUUUGCAUUUUU